GCCUAUACGGGGGGAGGCGGCAUGGCGGAAGCGGAGGAGCAGGCUCCGGUGUCGCCACAGAGCGAGGGCCGAAGCGGAGCAGGGGAGGAGGCCCCGGAAAGGACCCCAGAGAGCGGAGCGUCGCUGGGCGUUGGAGAGCCGGCCACCUCCCCUGCUGGCUCGCCGGGCACCGAGGAUCCCGCCGGUGACGCCAAGAAGAAAAUUGACGUCCUGCUGAAGGCCGUGGGUGACACCCCCAUUAUGAAGACCAAGAAGUGGGCCGUGGAGCGCACCCGCACCAUCCAGGGCCUGUGCGACUUCAUCAAGAAAUUCCUGAAGCUGAUGGCCUCUGAGCAGCUGUUUAUAUAUGUAAACCAGUCUUUUGCUCCAUCUCCAGACCAGGAAGUUGGGACCCUCUAUGAGUGUUUUGGAAGCGAUGGCAAGCUUGUACUACAUUAUUGCAAAAGCCAGGCAUGGGGAUGAAUCGCAAGCAAUAGAGUUGCUGAGGUGUGGUCUUCAAAAUGGAUGGACUGACUUUCUGGGACCCAACACACAGAAGAAAGAAUUUGGGGAUUUCUGCUUGACUGUACGCUUAGGAAAAGUGAUGCAGUUGAAUAGCAUGAAGGAAGAACUACUGGGGCUGUCCAAUUGCAUAGCUUUUCACUGAUGUUCAUUUUAGGUCCAGAAAAAAAACACUGCAUCUGCUAUCUGUAGAAUAGAUCCAGCUCUUCUGCUACUGAGCUCCCAGUUACUGUAUACGAAGGGAAGCUUCUUCAAAACUGCCUUGAGGACCGAGCAGUACUGUGUCUGUAUAUGCUGUAUGGAACAAAAGAGUUCCUUUUUAUUAAAAGCAAUGUGAGUUGCACACAUCCUGGGAUUCAGUUUGCUUUGGACGUGUACAUCUAUUAUAUGCAUUCUGUACUUUUUGAUGUCUUCAUCUUGAGCAUGUGUUAUCUCUAAUUUCAAGAACAUGUUUUGAAUCUUUCUGAAAAUUGAUAUGCAGAUAUUCAACUGCCUUCACAUUGGCAGUGUAUGUACCUUAUUUAAAUGACACUGCAUAUCGGUCUGCCACAGAAAUACUUCCUCCUAUGAAGCUGUGUAUUACUAAGUAGAAGGCUGAACAGUUGAGUGAUUCUGGACUCUUUUACUUCUGGCACUGUUUAACCACUAGCAAAAGUGGUUGCAUGAUAUGAGGUGCUUGAUCUACUCUGUCUGUGGCCUUUUUGGCACUCCUUCUUCACUGGUAGCAUGUUCAAUCAGCAAAACAUAACUUGGUUUAUAUCCUAAUAUUAUGUAUUGUAAUGAGGAUUUUUUUAUUUUAUUUUUCAUCCUUGACUGGACUUGGUACUUUGACUAGAGUGCUAAGCUUUUAUUUAUUGGAGGGUUAGGAAGGCGUGAUGGCUUUAUUUAUUGGAGGGUUAGAGGUGGUGUGGUGGUUUGUGUGCGCUUUAGUAUUUUGGUUGUUUGUUUUUGAUAGUGGAGAUGAGGGGAUUGUUUUGUUUCUGUUUGUUUAUUUUAAAUUUGUCUGUAGUACUAUCACUUAUGCUUGUUUAAGCUGUAUUAAAGUAAAUGUUAGUUGUCUGCUUGCAUGGUGUUAUGCCAGGUGACAGUCUCAGUCCCUGAUGUAAUCCAUUUCUUUAGCACAUUGAAUCACAGCAGUCUCUUCCAGUUUAAAGCAUGCUUGUGGAAUAGCCUGAAUCAUCUGUUGCUGUCUCAUGCAACCUCUGUCUCCUGUAAGUGGCACUGGAACCGAUAUAUCAAAUGGUUUCCAUCUUUCCAGAACUUCUGAAGAACCAGUGCUCAGUUCAUCUCUCACCUGCUGCAAUUUCUAUGCAGCCAAACACCUGGGAUGUAUUCCCUGAAUGUGUUGUACUUGUUAUGAGAAUUAUCACUUUUUUUUUUUUUUUGGUGGAAAACUUAGAUAGCAAUCUAUUGCAUUCAGCUAACAAGGCAGAAUUGUUUGCAAACUUGAACUCUUCAAAUAAUUCAUAACUUUUACUGUUCAGAACCUUGUUCUCCUGUAUCUUUGUUGAUGUAACAGAACCAGUGCAACAGCGGGUGCUAAUUCCCUCCCUCCUGGUGAAGAAACUGCCUGCUGGUUACUGUAAAGACAGAGUAACCUUGUAUUGCCACUAGAGGGUACACAAGGACAAAGAUUCUUGCAUAAUACUUUCUGUUGGAUUUUUUUCCUUGUCUUUUUCAUAAUAUGUCCACUUUGCCCACCCUGCAAAUGUACACAGUUUGUUCUUCUGUGUGGCAGUGUGUUUGCCCAAGAUAAGCUGAUAGUCUGACUGUUCUGUUGGUGCCUUUCACCUCAUUUGAUCUUAACAAAUGAAACAAUUGAUGUGGUGCAAAUGUGCUCUUCAGGAAUGAUGCAAGAAUUUGUGCGUGUUUAGCUUUGUUUUUUAAAAAAGAAAAAUAAAACCCUGCCAGGGUCUUUAAGUGAA